GGCAAUUCCAAUUAUACAAAAAGACAUCCUCUUUUCCUCUGCCCUGACCUCUCUGCCUUAGCUCUGAUCUAAGGCAGGGAGACCACUAACCACAUCCAUAGCUUUCGAGUGUCCGACCACCACCACCACCUCACGACAUGGCUUUCCAGGAUUUCGAUUACUUGUCCGAGCGCCGGAAGGCCGAGCGCAGCCGUAAGCUCAAGAAGCGCAUCACCAUCGCCGUGAUCAGUAGCCUGGCCCUGGCUGCUGUGGUGGCUGCGGGAGUCAUCGCUGUCGUCCGCAGCGACCACAAGGAUGACAACAAGGGGAACAGCGAGGCCGCCCCUGCAGGCCCCAGCAAGCAGAUCUCACACUCCGAGAAGGCGAUCAAGAUGGUGUGCUCGUCCACGGAUUACCAGGAGACCUGCAAGAACACGCUUGCCAAGGCAGUGAAGGGUGAUGAGUCCCAGGCCCAACCAAAGGACCUCAUGAAGCUCGCAAUCAAGGCUGUCGGCGAUGAAAUCACUGCCGCCCUGAACAAGACAGAAAAGUUCAAGUUUGAAUCCCCGGAGGAGAAGGGUGCAUUCGAGGACUGCAAGAAGCUCUUGGAGGAUGCCAUCGAGGAGCUCGAGCUCUCCACAACAAGCAUUAACGGGGACAUGAAGAAGCUCGCCUCGAAGACCGGCGACCUCAACAACUGGCUCAGCGCGGUCGUUUCGUACCAGCAAACGUGCAUCGACGGAUUCCCAGAAGGGAAACUCAAGUCUGACAUGAAGAAGGCUCUUCAAAUGGCGGAUGAGCUCACGAGCAACUCCCUCGCAAUCAUCUCUCAGCUGUCCACUUUCCUAUCAACUUUGGGGGGAAACCGCCACCUUCUGAGCGUGGACAAGGAUGGAUUCGCCAGUUGGAUGAGCAGCGAUGAACGAAGAAUGCUGAAGGGAAACCAAGGCGAAAAGCCAACGCCUAACGUUACUGUGGCAAAGGAUGGCAGCGGACAAUUUAAAACAAUCAACGAGGCAUUGAAUGCUAUCCCGGCAAAAUACACUGGGAGGUAUGUCAUCUAUGUGAAGGAAGGAGUAUAUGAUGAGUCAGUUCUCCUCACGAAGAAGAUGGUUAACAUUACCAUGUACGGUGACGGAUCACAGAAGUCUAUUGUCACAGGCAGCAAGAACUUUGUGGAUGGAGUCAGGACCUUCCAAACUGCAACUUUUGCUGUUGAAGCUGAAGGAUUCAUGGGCCAGGCCAUGGGGUUCAGGAACACUGCGGGUCCUGAGAAACACCAGGCAGUAGCAGUGAGAGUGAAGGGUGACCGGGCUAUCUUCCUGAAUUGCCGGUUCGAGGGGUACCAGGACACGCUCUAUGUGCAAACGCACCGUCAGUUCUAUAGGAGCUGUGUAAUCGCAGGGACAGUCGACUUCAUCUUCGGAGAUGCAACUUCAGUGUUCCAGAACUGUCUGAUCGUUGUCCGGAAGCCCCUUGACAACCAGCAGAACAUCGUCACUGCACAGGGCAGGUAUGAAAGGCACGAAGGCACCGGGAUUGUUCUCCAGAACUGCCACAUCCAGGCAGACGACAAGCUCGUGCCGGCCAAGGCGACCAUCAAGAACUACUUGGGGCGACCGUGGAAGGAGUUCUCCAGGACCGUGAUUAUGGAGUCAGAGAUUGACGACCUAAUCCAUCCCGACGGGUGGAUGCCUUGGGACAAGGACUUUGCCCUCAAGACCCUGUACUACGCAGAGUACAACAACAAAGGGCCCGGGGCGAAGCUCGAUGCUCGGGUUAACUGGCCAGGUUACAAGAAGAACUUCAAGAAGGCAGAUGCUGAGAAGUUCACCAUCGGGACAUUCUUGGAGGGUGACUGGAUCAGGGCCGCUAAUGUUCCUGUUCAUUUUGGCCUCUUUUAGCUGGUGACGAGGAUUUAAUUAUCUAAAUCUGUGUGCUGGGCGUAUUUUCGGGCUAAAAGGAUAGGGUCGUGCCCUCCCUUAUAACGGAGAAAAGAAAAUGGAAAGGUCGGAUAUUCAAUUGAAUUUGCAUUUUGUGCAUAGAAAAGAGAGGAGGGUCCUUUAAAUUAUUUUGGUAGGGUUUCUCAGGAAAAAUGAAAAUUGGUUAAAAAAGCACAAAUGAGGUUCGACGUACCAUGCUUUAUCGUAGAAAUUUAUCGGAAAUGCUUCAGCUAACUAA